ACACUUUGCAGGCUGAAGAGGAGAUUGCAAGAUGAAAACUCUGCUGUUGAUCCUGGGGGUUGUGGCAUUCGUGUACCUGGAGCCAGGAUACACCAGGAACUGUUGCAUAUGCCCCUCUUGGACUCUGUCUUGUAGAAGUUUUCAGAAGUGUCCAGCUGAUGAAGGAAUGUGCUUUAAAAUGUGGAAUUCUACUGUCAGGGUGAUGGAAAGGACGUACAUCAGGGGAUGUGCUGCAGCGUGCCCUGAUCCGGUUGGCGAUGAGAAAGUUUACUGUUGUGUAACAGACAACUGCAACAAAUAGUUCUAAAAGUGGCUAAUUUAUUUGAGUUUUGAUCUCAUCCAUCAUGGACCUUCCUUGAAGAUUUAUGCUUCUGCCUUUACAACAGGAUGGUCCA